CUCUCCACAUGAACUUUGCAAGGGCACAAGGGCAAUGAAUUGAAUUUAUUAUCAGAGCAUUUUUGAACUAUGACUGUCACUUUGAUAGCUGACUGUUAUUUACUUACAAUUUAUUGAAAUUGUGAAGAAAGUUGAGGAAAGGUAUGAUAUACAACUUCAAUUUCCUUAGUAUUUUGUCAUUCUCUUUCACUGAUUCUUGUAUGAAGCAAGAGGAUUGAGAUAAUUAAAGAAACUGAACCACUCACAAAAUUAUAUACAUCUAGUCUGCGUUAUUUUCACUUCAUAUCACCCUCUUCAACCAACAUCUUCAAAUCCCCGCCUUGCAUGAGAUAACUCUCGGAUCAAACGUCUGUUUGGCACUGAAUUGGAUCGGAUUCCUCUUUCAUAAGCUCUGCAAAAGGAGCUAUAAGAAGGAAGAGUUUUAGUUCCUCAACAAAAUUUACAUCGAAUAUUCUCUCCCCUCUAAAUCGAUUUUACCCCCACCAUCAUGUUGGCACUCCGAUCUAGAGCAGCUGUUGUUGCUAGAAGAGCACGCACUGCUACUAGCAAAUUCCCUUCCUCUUCGACCGUGAGAUCUCUUCCACAAGCUACCACCGCCGUAGCUCUUUCGUCCAGACGACAAUACUCGGCGCCCGCUACAGAUAGCUUUUCAACUCGUUCGACUGUGGUUCAACUCCUCAGUAACAUUGGUUCCAAGCGCGAAGUUCAGCAAUACCUCUCACAUUUCAGUUCCGUGUCCUCGCAACAAUUCGCUGUUAUCAAGGUUGGUGGUGCGAUCAUCACUGAACAUCUCGAAUCUCUUACGUCAGCCCUUGCAUUCCUCAACCAUGUGGGUUUAUUCCCCGUUGUUGUUCAUGGCGCCGGACCACAAUUGAAUAAGUUAUUGGAGGAUGCAGGUGUGGAGCCACAAUUCGAAGAGGGAAUUCGUGUUACAGAUGGAAAGACAUUGGCGGUUGCGCGAAAACUGUUUUUGGAGGAGAACUUGAAGUUGGUAGAGAAGUUGGAGGAAAUGGGAGUUAGAGCCAGACCAAUUACUUCUGGUGUUUUCGGUGCAGAUUAUUUGGACAAGGAGAAGUACAAUUUGGUUGGGAAAAUCAACAAGGUCAACAAAGGUCCAAUUGAAGCUGCUAUCAAUGCGGGAUGCUUGCCAAUCUUGACUUCUAUGGCUGAGACUCCUGAGGGUCAAGUCUUGAAUGUCAAUGCUGAUGUUGCUGCUGGAGAACUUGCCAGGGAAUUACAACCAUUGAAGAUUGUUUACUUGUCAGAGAAGGGAGGACUCUUCAAUGCGGAUACUAAUGAGAAGAUAUCGGCCAUCAACCUCGAUGAGGAAUAUGAUUCUUUGAUGUCACAAUGGUGGUGUAGAUAUGGUACAAGAUUAAAGAUCAAGGAGACCAAACAAUUGCUUGAUCUUCUCCCAAGAUCUUCUAGCGUUGCUAUUAUUCACCCAGCAGAUCUUCAAAAAGAAUUGUUCACGGAUACCGGAGCAGGAACUUUAAUUAGAAGAGGAAACAAGUUAACGACCGCCAGCUCCCUUUCCGAUUUUGAGGAUAUUCCGAAAUUAAAGGAUGUUCUCGUACGGGAUCGUGAGGGCCUGGAUGCACGAGCUACUGUUGACAGAUAUGUUGAUGGUCUCAAGAACAAGGAAUUCAAAGCUUAUUUCGACGAGCCUAUGGAUGCCCUCGCAAUUGUUCUCCCACCAAAGUCACCAAGUUCCCUUUCCAAUUUGGCCACUUUUACUAUUACCAAGGCCGGAUGGUUGACCAAUGUUGCUGAUAAUGUCUUUGCUGCUAUCAAGAAGGAUCAUUCGAAAUUGGUCUGGACUGUUAAGGAAGACGAUGAGAAUUUGACUUGGUUCUUUGAUAAGGCUGAUGGAAGUUUGUCUAAGGAUGGAGAGGUUAUGUUCUGGUACGGAAUUACGGAUGGUAAUGAAGUCAAGGACCUCAUGACUGAAUUCGUCACUCAUGGUAGAUCUAUGCUUGGUGAUGCAAACCUAGAAGCACGACUUCACCGUGCGGCUAGAGCAGCUACUGGAAUGAGUGCUGCAAUGACCGGUCAAGGUGGCAUUAAGCAACAAGCUAGAGCUUUCUCUACUUCUGCUCGUAGACCUGCUGUCAGAUCUUCCCGGGCUUCGCGCUUCACAACUUCAGGCCGAGGAUAUGCUACAACAACCAAUCCUAACCCUCCUUUUGGCAAACAAAACUCAUCCAAUACUCAACCAGCUAAGGUUGCUUUGAUCGGUGCUAGAGGUUAUACUGGACAAGCUUUGAUAAGUCUCCUUAAUGCUCACCCAAAUAUGGAUCUCAGACACGUCUCAUCAAGAGAACUUGCAGGUCAAAAAUUGAAGGGUUAUGAAAAGAGAGAUAUCACAUAUGAGAACCUUUCUCCAGAAGACGUUCGCAGAAUGGAAGAAAAGGGAGAGAUUGACUGUUGGGUUAUGGCACUACCAAAUGGUGUCUGCAAACCUUUCGUUGAUGCUGUCAACGAGGGUAAGGGUCCUCAAAAUAGUGUCAUUGUUGACCUGUCUGCCGAUUACCGAUUUGAUAGCAAAUGGACAUAUGGUCUUCCGGAAUUAGUCAGCAGAUCCGAUAUCGCAAAGGCCACUCGAAUUUCCAACCCAGGUUGCUAUGCUACAGCAGCUCAACUUGGAAUCGCUCCAUUAGUACCUUUCCUUGGUGGCCAACCAACCGUCUUCGGUGUAUCAGGUUAUUCUGGAGCCGGUACCAAGCCAUCCCCAAAGAAUGAUGUCGAAAACCUUACUGGUAACAUCAUUCCUUAUUCUCUCACAGACCACAUCCACGAACGUGAAAUUAGCACCCAGUUAGGUGUUGAAGUUGCCUUUAUUCCUCAUGUAGCAGUCUGGUUCCAAGGUAUCCAUCACUCAAUUUCUAUUCCUUUGAAGGAGAAAAUGACUAGUAGAGAUAUUAGAAAUCUUUAUCAAGAACGAUAUGCGGGAGAGAAAUUGGUCAAGAUUACAGGUGAAGCGCCAAGUGUUAAGAAUAUCAGUGGGAAGCAUGGAGUAGAAAUUGGUGGUUUUGGAGUACAUAGCAGUGGCAAGAGAGUGGUUGUUUGUGCUACGAUUGAUAAUUUAUUAAAGGGAGCUGCGACACAAUGUUUGCGUAAGUUUUAUCUUUUCAUUCAUGCUUUGAUUUGAGAUGGAAGAAUUGAAAGCUAACGCAUGACCAUAGAAAACAUGAACCUCGCAUUAGGAUUCGCGGAAUAUGAAGGCAUCCCACUUGAAUAAACGCAAAAGCCCAAGUCCCUUGAGCAAAUGCAUACAGGUAGUUUGAAUUCCGUGUGUUUUUGCGCCCGAAGAUAAAAAGUUGAAGGAGGAAAGGAAGCGAAGAAGGGUUAAAGGGAGAAAGGGGCAUUUUGAUAUCAAAUCUGUGGAGGGUGGAAGUAAAAAAGGGAGUAUGAAUGGAUGCGUUGUAUAUAGGAGGAUUAGGCGAGGAUGGCUGAAAGAGCCAAUGAUUAAGGGUAGGGAAGAGGAGUGGUAGGCUAGAUAUUUUUGCUAGGAGGAUGAAUAGCUUGUAUGGUAUUGUCGUGAGGGAGAAAGGGAGUGAGGGAGGUAGGAGAGAAGUAGUAAUGAAGCUAGUUAUAAAUACCAUUGAUUGUCUGCUGUUUAGUUGAUA